AUGUCCGAUUCUGAGUUUGCGAUCCCUGAAGAAAUUAAUUCUACUACUUUUGACCGUUACCAGACUCUUCUUUACAGAUCAUUAAUCAACAUUAGCGCAAAACGUAAUAAUGAAUUACCCUCUAAAGAAGUUCCAUUUUAUCGAAUGAUUGAUCCAACAGCAGCGCAAAAAAUGGACCAACUUUCAGGAAGAAUUUUACCAAGGAUAAAUCAAAUGAUUUCCACCGUUGAUUUACCUGGUUCUGAAGGUUUUUGUGAGAUUACCGAGGCCGAAGAUGUCGAUUCAUGGAGUAAAGAUUUUGUUUCCUUAGUAGAUUCCCUUAUUGACGGAGUUAAUGUUUCAUUGGAUGAAUUCAGUGGUCGAACCAAAAAAAUCUCGGCUACGAUAAAUAAAUCCAAGCCGGUCGUUGCGGAGAUUUCAAAUAACAAAUCGGACCUUCGAUGUCUAUAUGCCAGCACCAUUAGUCGCCCUCAAUUGAAUUUUAAGGAAAAGGUCGACAAUACUUCUGCACCCUUUAUUCCAAAACUUGUUGAGAAACCAAAUGCCAUGAUCCCAUUAGAUGUGAAUGUAUUGUCGUAUCAACAUCCUUACGAGUGUGAGAUCAAAAAUAUUGUUUAUCCAGCUUUUAUGUUUGAGGAUAGGGAACCAAUACUGUCUAAGCGCAUCGUGAGUUCACCUUUCAUCUGGGUGGAUACGCUGGAAGAAUUAACGGCAAUGUGCGAAAAGUUGGAGGAUGCUAAUGAGAUUGCAGUGGAUUUAGAGCACCAUCACUAUCGUUCAUAUCAAGGGUUUACUUGUUUGAUACAAAUAAGUACAAGAAGAGAAGACUUUGUUGUUGAUGCUUUAGCUUUGAGAGAUUCUUUACAAAUGUUGAAUCAUACCUUUACCAAUCCGAACAUAUUGAAGGUAUUCCAUGGUGCGGAUUCCGAUAUUGUUUGGCUACAAAAAGAUUUUAGUGUUUAUGUUGUCAACUUGUUUGAUACAUUUCGAGCUGCCUCUGUAUUGGACUUCCCACAAAAAUCAUUGGCAUAUUUGUUGAAACAUUACUGUGAUUAUGAAACUGAUAAGAAAUAUCAAUUAGAGGAUUGGAGAAUUAGACCUAUCCCAGAGGAGAUGUUAAAUUAUGCUCGUGCGGAUACACAUUAUUUAUUGUAUAUUUAUGACAGAAUGCGAAACGAGUUAAUUACAAGGUCCGAUCCAACGACUUUGAAUCUUUUAAGGGUUGUACUUGAACGAUCCGCUGAGACCUCGUUAAAGAUGUAUAGUAAAUUGGAAUAUAGUGAGGAUGGAGAAGGAAUUGGUGGUUACAAGAGGCUUCAGGCAAGAAAGAACAAAUCAUUCGAUUACCAACAACUGGCAGUAUUUAAGGUCCUUCAUGCUUGGCGUGAUCGAAUUGCAAGAGAGGAAGAUGAGAGCACCGGUUAUGUGUUACCAAAUGAGAUGCUAAUGACCUUGUCUGAAAAGAUGCCAGAUGACCCUAAAGAAAUUUCCUCUUGUUUUAAAACGGGCGUUCCUUCAUUCGUUAGAAUGAAUAUUCUUGAACUGGCGAGGUUAAUUAAAGAUGCGAGAAAUAGUGCAAUCAUGCCCACAAACAUACCUACAAACAUACCUUCAUCGUUUUCUACAUCCACAGAAAAUAAUGUAAAUAUUUUAUUUGGUGUUAAACCUGUACCGAUGGAAAUGGAAAGGGAUUAUUCUCUAUUAGAAACUCCAUUUGUUAAAGAUGUUUCUAAAUACAAAUCAAAUUCUUCGAUGUUAUUUAGAGAUUAUCUCGAUGAGCCCGUAGCUCAAGAUGACAAUCUGAAGAAGAAGGCUCUCGACAUAACUUCAUCCCUUUCGUUUUCAUUACCGGUUCCCAAGUUUAUCAAUUAUUUGAAUAAUCCAAACUCGAAUUCAUCACAAUCGAACGGUUCCCAACCUCCUAAUGAAGUCUUAUUUACUCCCGCGACACAAAGAACUACGAAGACUCAGGAUACGGAUCUUGUUCGCAGUAGUUCCAAAGGAAAGGAACGCGAAAUAGUAAACGUUUCCAACGAUUCUAAGAAACGUCGGUUGCCUGAGAUGGUCGAGGAGGACGUGGAGGGGUUAGAACCCACAAACGUGGAACCCAUAAUCGUUGACGUCGAUCCUCGUCGGGAUGACAUUAGUGAGCGAAAUAAAAUGAACCCCGAUAAUGGAAUGGCGAGACAUGAAGUGAGUCCUUCGAGUUCUUCGAUAAAUGCAGACGUUGCUCAAAAUAAACAAGCCAGCACAAAAAAAAGGAAGAGAAAUAAUAAACGAGUCAAGAUGAUGAAAGAUUUUGGUUUAACUCAAGUAACUGGAACGAAUGGAGUGGAGUUAGGUAGUAGAAGGAAAGUGGUUACGAUGGUGGAUCACACAGAAUUACCACAAACCGUGACAUCUGGACUUUCGACUAGUUCUUCAACAUCGAUUUCUGUCGAUACAUCGACUAGAAAUACAAUGAGAACAGUGGAAACAAUUAGACAAAGCACAAAUUCCGUUCAAACUCCAUUUGAUCCUUACUCCCAAACAGUUAUUGAUGAACGGUUAAGAAGAUCAGAUCCUCGACUUCCCACAGCUCCAUCUUCAGGAAACAGAAGUAUGACGAUGGACAAUUCAUCAAACUUUCAAAGAGAUGAUAACGAUCCGAACGAUCAGGAUAAGAAGUGCACGAUUAUGUAG